AGCGCAAACCUUUUCUGGGGAAGCAGAAUGCCAUCGUCUUCAUGAACAGUUGGAAGCUGUAACUAUAAAAGCAAGUGUGUUUCGACACAGACUUCGUGUUUUUCCUGAACAGUUCAAAGCUGAACUUAGAGAUGCAAUGGCAGCGGCUCACCAACUCAAUGCUGCACACAUUAAAGAACUAAAGGAUAAGCUCAGUGAAGCAGAAGACAAUAUUCGUUUAGCUAUACAGAGGAAGGAGACAGUGGAACUUCACAAUGCUGUUCUGGAACCUGAGCUAAAGGAGAAAUCUGAACUAUAUAACAAAUUGGUCAGUCAGCUCAAUACUACUAUGGCUGACAAGGCAGAAGUGCAGAUUCUGUUGAAUGAGAAGCAAGAUCAACUUGCAGCAACAAGAAAAAAGAUUGCAUUGGUGGAGUCAGAGAUGCUACAUUUAGACAAAACAAUGGACAUGGGGAGAAAGGAAGCCAGCAGAGAAACUGAAUCUCUUGAGUCGUACAUUGCUACGAACAAAGUCAAAGUACAAGAAACAAGAAUGGAAAAUGCAGCAAUGAGAAAAAAAAUUGCGAAGUUAAAGAGCAGUCUUGUAGAAAGCAACAACACUGUAUUAUCGAAGAAACAGCUGGCAAAUGGGGCUGAAGCAUCUCAAAACGAAAUGCUGCAGCUGGAAGAAAGUUUAAAGAAAAAGGAAGAAGAUGCUCGGCUGCACGUUGCUCGACUGACAAAUGGAACAACUGCAAAAUGCAUGCACUGCAGUUUAAGUGCUGAAAUAUUGAGUGAACAUGAAAACAUGAGAUUGGAAUUUGGGAAGAAAAAGCAAGAACUGAUUGACCUUCAAACUAGUCUUAGAGAAGAGCUAAAAGUUGCUUUGACUGAAAGCAGUCGUAUUGCUCAUAUUCGAAAGGAAGUGAAAGCAGAAUUUCGAACUGCAAAAGAAGAGGGUGACAGAGAAGCAUCUAUUCUUGCUUCAAUACAAGAACGAGUGACAACAUCCCGUGGGGAGCUUGUUCGGCAAGCUGAUGAGUGUAUUCGUCUCAAGCAUGAAAGUAAUCAGCUUGACUUCCAACGAACACAAGCUGAAGAGAUUCAUCAGACAAAUGUAAGCUUGCUAAAUGAACAGAUAAAGUCAACUCGAGACAUGGUAACAAAAGAGAGAGCAGAAAAACAAAGAAUUCAAGUAGAACAGUCAGAAGUUGUUGCAGCUCACCAUUCUUUAAAGAGACAGCAUGAUCAGAUUCUUGCACAAACAACACAAAGAAUAUCAAGCGCUGUACGUGAGCAAGGGGACCUGAAGCUCAAGUCAUGGAGUCUUGGGCAACAGCUUGAUGAAGGCAAUCAAAAUGUGAGCAGGUUAACGGUGGAAAUAGCUGAAGCUUCAAUACAGUUUGAAACUAUGAAGAACACUUUAGAAAAGGAAAUUGAAACACUUGAGUCAAGUGUUGCUGCUCUUACAACCAAAAAUGAGGCUCUGUUAAAGCGUCUCAGUGAAACACAACCCCAACUUAAAACUUGGCAAGCAGAUUGUGAAGAACAGACGUCUUACUAUGAGUCCAAGAAGAAGAUAGUUGUUGGUUUGAAGAAUAAGAAGAAUGGUCUGCAAGAGUCUAUUAUGAGAGCAGGAAGGGAAAUAGAGAAACUAAACGUACCUCAUGAGAGAUUUAAGGCAGAUAUCGGUCGUCAGAGAGUUGAUGUAAUAUUGGUAAUGAAGUCACAUGUUACUGAGUCAAGGGAUAUUGAGCAAGACAUACAACAGUUACAAGCCAAACUGGAUGCUGUAGAACGUGCGAACACGAGCCUUACUAACGACAAAGUGGUGAACAUGUUACUGAAAUGUACCUCAUCACACUGUUGACAUUUCAAACUUACACUACUAAUGAUGUUGUUCCCGAAAAGACUGGUUGGAUGGUAAAUAAAGUAGAUCAAAUUUAGCUAAGAUCACAGUUUAUGGGGUAAUAGUUUAGCAAGAGUCAUUGUUUUUAGAUCAGUACGAGGCAAAUUAACAGACUGCCUUUUUGCCACGAUCAUAUAUAGGUCAAUGCAGUGAUUGUUAUUAAGAUUAUGCUUCUUAUGAUGAUGCUGAGGUACAACAUUAAAUUAUUCUUGGGAUCUGUUGGUUGGCAAGCACAUAUUUAGAGCAGUUGACGUGUUGUAUUUGUUGUGUUUCAAUCCUUUAAAAGAGAAUUGA